AGGAGCCAUGCUUUUACAGUCAUAUCGCCUGCUUUUUUCUCUUUUUCGGACAUUUGCCAUUUUUGUUUCCAGGUCAAACAAGUGACAGAAUCUGACGGAACCGUGUCAGGCACAUUGCUAGUCACUCCUAAUUGUCUCAUGUUUGAUCCUGAUGUCACUCAUCCACUAGUCAAGGAAAACGGACAAGACUUAUAUGGAAUGGUAGCGAACAUGGAUGAGAUAGUCUCAGUAUCAGUGUACAAAGAUGUCGGUGCACUAACAGGCGACAAAGCUGAAAAGAAGAGAGAUAUCUUUGAUCCAAAUCAUGUUCGAACCGAGCCUCCUAAGUCAGAAUCGGUGGCGAAGAUCAUUAAUUUAUUAAUUGAACAAGGCAACGUUGCUGUAUUUUCAAAAUUUAGUCGGAAGAGAAGGGUGUCCCUGAGGAUCCAGUGCAAAGGGACCUUGGUAUGUGGUGCAAAAGCCUUUUCUGGAACACUUGUUAGCAAAUGA